AUGCAUAUGAACUUGAACAAGGAGAAGAAACUCCGUGUAGAGUCCGAACACAUGUCGAAAAGAGAUGCCUUCAUGGACACUACACCCACGCAAACCACAAUGGAACGUCAAUUUGCUGACGCCAGAGUUGGAGCCAGAAGGGAAAGUGAAGUCUUUGAGAAUGCAGAAAUGUAUAUUAAUCUUCCACCUGAUGGCGAUGAGGAUCAGACUGAUCAGGACAUCAAGACUGAAAAUCCGGACCUGCACCAAUUUGCACAUGUCAAUCAAUUCAACCCCAUCAAUUUCAUGGCAAUCGAUCCAGUAUAUCAUUUGAACAUGUAUAGCCCUGAACAGCAGCACCACCCUGCAGUCAAUUCGGCAGACUGGAUGAAGCACCUCAUGACGAUUGAGGGGUUUGAUCCAAGCACAGCGUCUGGAUCUAUGCCUUCACACCGUCAUAAUACAUCAUCAUAUCCACAGCCGCCGCCACCACCUCCCAUGCAAAAUGUAGAUAGCCCGUUCGCCAAACAGCCUGUCCCUGAUACCCGUCCUAUCAUGUCUGCACUGUCUGCCUCGGCAUUAUCAGCGUCAUUCAGACCCGAGUUUAUGAUGCAGCCUAAUCCCCAUAUUCAUUUGCAACCAAUGCCCCAAUAUCAUCUUCAACAGCAGCAUCAGAUGCAGAUGGAGCAUCAGCAACAACAACAGCCGGAAUACUACCAUCAUCAACAACAGCAGCAGCAGCAACACCAACAUCACCAAGGAGCUUCUGAAUCUAUAAAUAUAUCACCAUCCGUAGAUCAAGUAGGUGGAAUGGUAGGAACUGUAUCCCCUGGCGACGUUUUAUCGUCACCAAUGAGGCCGAGACCAUCGCCCUUUGUAUCGACAUUUGUAUCUCAGAUGCCAAGUGUUGGAACAGGCAAUGAAACAGAUGGAACAGGUGACGUUGGAUCAUCAGCCACGUCCUCACCUGAAGCUGUAUCAUCACCAUCAGACGAUGGUCGUGGCGUGUCUCCUGGAACAUCCGCUACCACAAAACCUGUCGCAGUCCCUAAGCCUCGUAGUCAGGAAAUGCGACAGUCGUUGCCGUCUAAUAUAUCGAGAUCUGUCUCGACACCAUUGCCCCAACCUCCUGUUGGAGAAGAUGUUGAAGACACUGCUAGUUUGAGCUGUACAAAUUGUCACACAACCAAUACUCCAUUGUGGAGAAGGAAUGCUCAAGGAGAACCAUUAUGUAAUGCUUGUGGGCUAUUCUACAAGUUACAUGGAGUGGUACGACCUUUAUCAUUAAAAACAGAUGUAAUUCGAAAGAGAAACCGAGGCGGCAAGAAGGAAUCGUCAGUCAAUGAUGAACCGUCAGGUCGAACGUCGACGAGACUGAGCAGUCGAGGAAGUGCAUCAUCUUGGGGAUCAUCGUCCGUGUCGUCCACACGCUCAGAGCGAGCCACGUCGGUUGGUCGUAGCUACUCAAGAGACCAUUUGAGCUCAUCUCCUCGAGAAUCUGGUAGAAGCCGAGUCCAAUCAGUCAACGAAACAUCAGUCCACGCUCUAGCAUCAUCUUAUGUUAAUGACUCCAAUAGUAUGAGCGCUUCAGCACCUGAUAGAAGCUCCAUAUUGUCAACCUCUGCUCCAUCGACUGCUGCACAUCCCUAUGCCACUAGUCGACCACUCUCUCGUAAAGCGUCGUCAACGUCACUGAAGUCUGCCAACUCAUCACGAGCUGUAUACCCACCCACUCAGUAUCCACCACCGAUAUCUACGUCUGUAUCAGCCACUGAUCUUCGAUACAUGCAACACGCACAAUAUCCUUCUAGUCCCGUUAGUAGCACGCCAGGAACACCGAGGGAUCAUUGGGCUAGCAGUAGUAAUAAUAAUGCCAAUCAACUGAGUUCAUCUCAAAAGUCAACGAAACGAAUGAGGAGGGAUCCAGGCUCAGAUGCAGAAUAUGAAGAUUAUCCAUCACAGUCAACACCGACGUCGCCGGCAUAUCAUCAUGCUCCAAUCGAUUUGAUGCCUACACCUACAUCGGCAACACCAAUACCAACUCAUCACCAGCAGCAGAUGUAUAGUAUUCCGGCCAACGACAGUUUCAGUAAUAGUAGUAAUAAUAAUAAUAAUGCUAACAACCUUGGUAAUGGACAACAAAUGCCGGAACCACAGCAACCUACAUACACCACACCAGAAUCAUUACUGGCUGCAUUACAGCAACUCAUGGUCACGGCAACACCAGGAAAGAAUGGUGCUCCGACAAUACAGGGAGUAGAUGUAGGUCAAGUGUACAUGCAACUGCAACAGCUGGUUGAGAUGCAAAGACAUACUGGACACAAUAUAGAGCCAGUACCUGCUAGUGGUUCCAGCAGAUCGGUCACACCUCAAUCACCUAGCAGUACCGGAAUGGCUAGUCCCUCGGCAACUCAACAACAUGGACAGCCUCAAACUCCAAAUAAUAAUAACUAUAAUAGUGCUAGUGGUGCAUCAUCAACGUCCAGGCCUCCAAUGGCAAUAAUGAGAAAAACGUCACCUGGUGUCAUGUACCAGUCAGCACCCGCCAACCAGUACUGGCCACAUCAACAAUACCACCAGCCACUGCUACCUGUAAGCAUGGUUGGAUCGUUUAGCGAGAUGCAGCAUAUGAUCUCCACCGACGCUCCGCAAGGAGUGUCCACUGAACAGUGGAUUGAUUAUAGUGGGAAUAGCAACCGUGACUUUUAUGAAUUUACAAAUGGAGGACCGUCGUCGUAUAUGGGUUAA